GGAAGAUCUUAGAAUUUUGUGAGAAGCAUGAAAUUUCUGUGCUUAAUAUGGAUGAGGACUUUGUUAACCCAAGGAGGCCACGUCAAAGAACUAAUAUCACUAAUCGGCAUCAUUAUGAGUAUGAAUGUUUUAAUACCAUAAUGGAUUUGCAAAUUAGUGAAUUUGAUGACCGUUUCAAUGAGGUAAAUUCUGAGCUACUUCUUUGCAUGGCCUCUUUGAGUCCGAUUGAUUCCUUCCGUGAGUUUGAUGCUUCAAAGUUGUUGAGAUUGGCUGAAUUUUAUCCAAGUGACUUCAGUUAUGUGGAACGCAGAACUCUUGAGCACCAAGUCAGUAUUUACAUUGACAAUGUGUUAGCGGAUGAAAGGUUUGCUAGAUUGAAAAGUCUUGGUGAUCUUGCUCGAGUGAUGGUGGAUACAAGGAAACAUCUUUCACAUCCUUUGGUGUAUAAGCUUUUAAAGCUAGCAUUGACUUUGCCAGUUGCCACAGCAACCGUAGAGAGAUGCUUUUCCGCUAUGAAAAUAGUGAAGACUAAUUUGCGCAAAAGAAUUGGUGAUAGGUAUUUGAGUGAUUGUCUGACUUGUUUUAUUGAAAGAGAUGUGUUUGAAACUGUUACAAAUGAAACUGUAAUGGAUCUCUUUCAAAAGAUGAAAACUCGGCGCGAACAAUUGUGAUGUAUUUGUUCUUAUCCUGGAUCCGCCACUGCCUGGAUGCUGCCACCGCCUGGAUGAUACAACGCCAACCACCCGCGAGCGAGUCCGACAUGGAGGAUCGAUUUCCGACUUGAUGAAUUGCCGCCGACCCACUUCCAUUAUAGGCUUCAGUGGAGGUUAUUUCAAGCAACAUAAAUGAAAUGACAAUUGAUUUGGAAAAUAUCAAGGGGUUAACUGAAGAUAAUGUUAAGGCAUGCAAUGGUUUGUGAAUUUCAUUGACACGAUUGGCAUCUUUAUUAGGUAUCCCGGUCUCCAAGAUGAAUGUCAAAGGGCUCGCCGGUUUGAAGAAGAAGUCCCCCAAAAUCAAGAAGGGGACGGAUGCGGGCACCCAGAAGCCCACAAGUGAUUUCUUUAAGAAGUCUGAGGGCCCGUCGACGGUCCCUACUUCUGAUGCCGCCGCCGCUGCGAAGACGAAGGCCACGGGCAAGGCUCCCGAGGGGAAGAAGCCCAAAAAGGGAGAUACCGGGAAGAUUGAUCCUCCCGUGGUGAUUGUAGACGAGCACUCCGCCCCCGGGACGCAUGUGGAGAUGCCGACGGCUGAUAUGCCGAUGGGUAUUGGGGAGCUACCCUCCGAGGUUCUGCAGGUUUCCCUCCCGAGAGGAACAGCCGUGAUGAACUGCACGGUGGAUCCGAGGGUGCUCCUGAGGGGCAUGACCCCUGAGAUUGACAGAGCUGCCCUCGGGGCAGAUGAUGACAUGGCCCUCGAGGACAAGAUCCUCCGAUGUUCCCUCACUGCUUGCAUUGCCCUCGACGAGCAGGCCCGGAGACUGGAGGAGUGGCGCCUGCACAAGGCUGAGCAGGACGCGAAGAUGAAGGAACUCGUUCAUCAGAACUCUAAUGCCAUCAGGCAAAUGGUCGUGCUGGAGGAGAGCCUUCGGCAGAUGACGUUGCGAGCGGAGGCAGCUGACCGGGGCAAGGCCGAGGCUAAGAGGUCCGCAGUUGAAGCCAUCGAGAAGGCCACCAAGGAGGCCGAGGCUGCUAAGGCGGAAUCCAUUGCCAAGGCACGGGAGGAGGCCAUCUCCGGAUUCCUGACGGGGGGGUGGAAAACCGAGGGAUAUAAGCAAUGGCUGUCCUCGGUCAUGGAGUCAUCUGUCGAUGAGUGGUGUGAUGGGCCCGACGUAGAGUGGGUGUCCCGGAAGGGCAAACAAUACUAUGAUGGGGUGAGUUUUUUACGCAGGCCCUCAUCUACCGGAGGAUGGCCCGUCACUUGAAGAUUGAGCCAAAAGAUUUUGACCCGGCGGCAUACGGCCUUCCUCCCCUGCAGCCAGAUGUCCGUGUUCCUCUCCCCUGGAUGUCGAAAGGCCAGACCUAGAAGAUACUGAGCUGAUGAAAGAGGCCGAGGGGGACGAUGCAGAGGCCGGCGUAGAGGUCACCUCAAAGCCUACGGAAGAAGGAAAAACCGAAUGAUUAUGCACUUAGUAGAUUUUUGAACAGUUUUUUGUAAUGAACAUGUGUAUGCUUUCGGCAUCAGCCCUCCUGUAAUAGACACUUUAACUCUUCUUUCCCUUUAAUGAAUGAAAGUCUGCCUUCGGGC